AUGAAUUUCCAACUUUUCUUCCUUUUGGCUGCAAUUUUCGCAUUCUCAAUGGUGGUAGGUUGAAUUUGGCUGCGUAUCUAAACACAUUUAAUACUCAGUCAACCUUUUUUUCUUUUCAGCAAUCCCAAAUAGUGCCAAAUCUUAGAGCUGGUGGAAGUGAGGUAGGUCACAAUUCGCUGCGUAUCUAAACACAUUUGAUACUCAGCCUACAUGAAUAUUUUUUCAGCAAUCUAAUCAUAUACUCAGAGAAUAAGAACGGAAAUCCAGUGGACAAAGUCCUCCGCUGGAGUCCCGAAACAGCGAAUUUCGGAAUCCCGUCGGAGAGAUCUCUCCGGCGGACUUCCAGAAUUGUUUUUUUGUCAGAAAGUCAAAAACGGACUCCAAAACUUGGAAGACCAGUGGAGAACAUUGUCCGCUGGAGUUCCGAAAUGA